UAUUUUGUUUACUUCUCGUCAAAUAAGUAAUCUAUUUACUAAAUAUUUGAAUGCGCUUUUAGUGCUAUAAAUAUAUUUAACAUGGACGAAAACAUGUUGCAAAAUUGGAGCCCUUAUGCCAGAGAGUACGAUCCCUUGAAAGCAGGUAGUAUCGAUGGGACAGAUACGCAACCUCAUGACAAGGCUGUUAGUAGGGCAAUGAUAAUGCAUUAUGAGCCACCACACAAUCUAGAAUCUAAGGCGGAAAGAACUAUAUUUGUAGCUAGGCUUAGUCCUAAAAUUACUAAUUACGAUCUGAAAGAGUUUUUUAGCAAAUAUGGAGAUGUUAUUUCAGCAAAGGUGAUAGUAGAUGUGAUAACUGGACUCUCUCAAGGAUAUGGUUUUGUGGAAAUGAAAAGUGAAGAGGAAGCUAGAAGAGUGUUAAGACGAACUGUCGAUGCUACAUUAAAAGGAUAUAAAAUUUUUAUUGAUUACGAAUGUGGUCGUAGCUUGAAAGGAUGGAAACCGAGAAGACUUGGAGGUGGUUUUGGUGGCAAAAAAGAAUCAGGUCAACUGAGAUUCGGAGGAAAGGAUAGACCAUUUAAACGACCAAUUGUAUCUAAUAUUUUAAAGCCAAAAAGAUAAAUAGCUUUUAAGUUGACAUUUAUGAUCUACUAUUUCCAUCGACUCUGUUGCUAUCUUUUCAUUCCUAUCUUCUAUCUCUGUCCCUCUCUUUCUCAUUUAUUAUUCCAACACAUUAAUAAAGCAAUACACUGAACAUGGGUUUUAUCAUUCGCGGAUUUGGGUUUGCCUCUGUAAUUUUUAUCACACUGCUCUUGCUAUUUUAACAUCGCAAACCCCGAUAAAUCCAUUAUAAAGAAUUUACAGAAUAUUUGAUGUAAUUUUUCCAACAACUGUCAUUGAAAUGGACAAGCGCAUCGUGUUUCAUUUCCCAUCGUAAAUCGUGCGAACAAUUUUACGUUAAAUCUUCGAGAGGUAGUCUCGGACACAUCGCAAGAUCGUAUUCGCGUUCGCCGGCAACUUUAUAUCGCAUCAUCGCGGUCUCCCACGUACGUCUCUCUCCAUAUAAGGAGGCACCUCGCGAUUACAGUACCGAACUUAAGCUUCCGAUACCAACGACAAUAACGAUGAUAUUGAUAAGAAGAAUGAUAAGA